AUGCCGACCGAACUUGAAGAGCUGGUGGAAUUCCUGCACCAUGGCAACACCCAAAUCAGACAAAUCGCUUGUGAAAACCUCGUCGGCUUCUCCACAGCCCAGCCUGACUUGUUCAAGCGCCAUCAACUCCUGCCCGUCCGCGAUUUGAAGCUUCUGACCCGUGAUUACACCCCCAUUGCGAAGAAUGCAUUGACCAUCCUGGUCAACUUGUCUGCUGACGAAGAGGUGUUGAAACUCCUCGCGGAGGAUGAGAAGUUCAUUGAGACCUUGCUUGCGAAAUUGACAAAUCCCAAUGAACCCAACGCCGACGAAGUGGCCAUGCUUUUGGCCAAUCUCGUCAAAUCCGACAAACUGCACGAUCUGUUCUCACUCAAGCGCAAAGCCCCCGAAUCCGUAUCUACCUCCGAGAACGCAAUCGAUCAGGUGAUGGACUGCUUCGUGAAGGGUGCCGAGGGGGAUCUCAACAAGCACGCCAAUUAUGAUUACCUGUCAUACCUGUUUGCCGACCUGUCCCAGACAGACAAGGGCAGGGCCUAUUUCACCCAACGCCAGGAGUACGAUGGCGUGGUCCCCAUCACCAAGCUGACAGUCUUCACGGAGCACAAGAGCGAUAUCCGCAGGAAGGGUGUUGCAUCCACAAUCAAGAAUGUGGCUUUUGAAAUCGAGUCGCAUCCAAUGCUCUUUGACGAGGAUGGCGCCAACCUUCUGCCUUACCUGUUGCUCCCGCUUGCAGGUCCAGAGGAGCUGUCGGACGAGGAUACGACGGAUAUGCUGCCAGACCUCCAGCUAUUGCCGCCCGAUAAGCAGCGAGACAGCGAUACCACCAUCAUCACAACUCAUCUCGAAACCUUGCUUCUCCUGACCACAACUCGCGAGGGUCGUGAUAAGAUGCGAGCAGUCAAGGUUUACCCUUUGAUCCGCGAAACCCAUAUGCAUGUUGAAGAUGAGAAUGUGACAGAGGCAUGCGACCGGUUAGUUCAGGUCCUGAUGCGAGAUGAGGAAGGUGAAGGUGAAGGUGAAGGGGAGCCCGAACAACCUCAAAUCGAGGCGCCUCAAAACGAGGAUGAAAAGGUUGUAGAACUGUUUUAA